AAAAUUGCAAUAAAAAAAAAAAUUAUAACAUCAGCGGCUAACAAUUACUUUCCAUAUUCCACUACAAAUCUCAAGCUCUCUCACAUCACACUUCACGUUCACGUUCACACAACAACCAAAAAACUGGUCACAUGUUGCAUAUUAUACACACAUUGACCUAAAUCGCUUUUAUAUCAAGCUCCAACAAAAUACAAUAAUUACAACGAGCAACGAAAGAGAAAAUCCAAUGCACCACGACGACCACACCACACCGCCAAGAUGUUCGCUUCAAACCAAUCCAACCAACACCAACCAACAAUUCACAUUGACAUGAAUUUGACGGCGGAUUCUAUUCGAAUUUAUUUCACACCGAUUGUUAACGUGAAGCUGAAAUAAUCUCUCUGAGCCAGCACAGCUAAUAGCGACAUAGGCGACAACGACCAGCCAACUGCAACUGUUACUCGUUGGUAUGGUCUUGGUCGUGUGGUAAAAUCUAUCUUCUCUCUCUCCGUUCCGUACAUACAGUCAGUAAUAAUACACACACUCGUUUGCGUUUUGUUGGCCUAUUUGGAAGACAAAAGCUCACUAAGUGAAAGCUUCCCCAUUCAAUACAGUUCUGACCGUUAACAUUACUAGUUGGGAUUAUUUUCUCUCGGAUCUUUGGGCUCUCGACUCGGUACUUUUUUGCCCGUGUGCAGCCCCGCUUAUGAUUGAUCCUAUUCGUAUUAACUCCUUGUUAAGAUUUCAAAUAUCCUGUGAAAUAUCUGUCUAACGAAUUUGUGCCAAAUUUAUACAUGUUAACAGCAAUUUCGUUUGUCUAUAAAAAAAAAAUAAUGAACAAAUGUAGACCCUAAAUGUGACCUCAAAAAUUUCAAAGUUAAAAGUCGGUUACGUUUUGAACUUGAAUUAUAAAAAAAAGCCGCCUAUCACCGCGCUCUGCCGGUUUGUGUGUCAGUGUGACAGAACGAUCAACUGACGGUAUAUUACUUUCAUUUAGUGUUUUAAAAAGUUACUAUACCAGUUUAAGGUAGAGUUCGGCUCUGCGUUAAAGUGAAAAUACAUCAAAAAAUUAGAACGUAUUUUCUUUGCUUAUAAUUUUUUUAAUUAAUUAAACCAAUAUAAAAUAAUUAAUUAAAUAAUGUCCGUUGUAUAUACGGUUGAAGGCGAACAACAACUUGUUAUGCCAAAAAUAAAUAAUAUAUUUAAAGGAGCAUCAAAAAACUUACUAUUAUUGCAAGGUUCUGCAGAAACUGCUAAAAUUAAAAAUGCAUUAACACAACGAAUAAUGGUGGCAGAAUUCAUCGCUCGACAGCAUUCGACUGGUUCUCCUGUUAACGGUGAGACACCGAAUCAAAAUCACACAACUUCAAAUAUGCCGGAUACUCUUGGUUCAACAAAUAACACAACAACAAUGAAUUCCAAUAAAUAUAGCCUUCCACCUGUGUCACCAUCACUUUCAGUUAGUGGCGGAAAUUCCAAUAGUGGUCACAACAAUUUUAUGUUACAAGAACCUCUUAGCCCCCAAUCAAUGGAUAUGGAUGGCAACUAUUCUGCGUCAUCAUACGAGCUGGGCUUGAAACGCAAAGAAUUAUUCACUCAAAGAAAACAACGUGAAUUCAUACCGGACAAUAAAAAAGAUGACAGCUAUUGGGACCGAAGAAGACGAAAUAAUGAAGCUGCAAAAAGGUCACGUGAAAAACGUCGUUAUAAUGACAUGGUAUUGGAACAGCGUGUUGUUGAACUUACAAAAGAGAAUCACGUUCUCAAAGCACAGUUAGAUGCAAUUAAAGAUAAAUUCAAUAUAACUGGUGAAAAUUUGGUAAGUGUCGAUCAAAUAAUGGCCACACUCCCAACCACAGAACAAGUUUUAAGUAUUACGAAACGUGCUAAGUUAUCUUCGACCGUACCACCAACAAUUGUCUAUCCACCACACGCUGCGAGUCCAGUUCAAGCAUCAGUGAUACAUCAAACAAUGAAUUGCAUAGAUGGAAUGCCUCCAUCAACAUCACCCUCUAUGCAUCUCCAUUAUCCCCAGUCUAAAGCAAACGGCUUCAAUAAUAUACCCCAUUCUUCGUCCGCCGCGGGACAGCAACAGAUACAACAAAAUUCUAGCAGAACAUCCCCGUCAACAGCAGUGCAAACGCAUCACUCAAAUGUUAUUCACCCGCAACAGCAACAGACGACAGAUCUGCAGCAUGUAUACCAUCGUUCCUGUCAAUCUUUGUCACCGCACAAUAAUAGUUCCCAUAACAGCCACCACUCAUUACAGGAGAGCCAGCAGCAACAACAGCAUAAUAUACUACAACAAGCACCACAAUCACACAAACAGCAACACCAUCGUAACAGUUCCUUAGUUUCUCCUGUCUCAUCCACUUCUUCCUCAGGUGGUGAACUCGACGAACAAAAAUACCAUGGAUAUACAAACAGCACAAAUAGCAGUGGCACUAAUAGUGAUAACGAUUGUGGUAACACGCUAGAUCCAACACAGCAUCACUACCACCAGAUGCAUCAAACUAACAAUAUUCCUCAAAUCUAUAAACACUUUCCAGCCCAUCACCAUCAUCCACAACACCGUUCACCAUUACAAAUGGCCAAUAAUUCAAACCCUGCUCCAGCAUUAUGCCGCAGUGGUGUGCCUAUAGAUGAUUUGGACAAAAUUCGAAGUGUGGUGGCGGUCAUUGGCAAUGGUAAUGGCGAUUCACAAAACUCACCUCCGUCGUCUUCGACCACCUCCCAACAACAACCACUAAAAAGUUUUCAAAUUCACCAAAACUCGCAACAUCAAAAUCAAUUGACAUCAUCUACGUCUUCAUCGCAGCAUCAGUACCAGUUAUGUCAACAAACGGCAACUUCAUACAACAAUCACAACUUGCCUCUUUCACAAUACACAACAACUCAUUUGUCUUUUACCAACUCUCCAACAUCAGCAGCUGCAGCUGCUGCAGUUGCAGCUGUAAUUGGCAGCACUUCCAAUGGAGUGUCAAAUCAAUCAAGACCUGACAGCAAUACACCCUCAGCUGCUCUAGCUUUGGCGGCCAACAUUUCCUACAACGCCUCCGCCGUCUUUAGCACAAAAGAACAGCCCAGCUCAAGUACAAAGGCGACUACUGACACAUACAAUGAAUUAGCUGGCAAUGUGCUGAAUCUGUCACGCAGAGCUUCUUCGCCGUUUGAACUGUCAUGUAGUUUAUCGGCUUCAGGGGCUUUGUCUGGUGAUGAUGAACAAGGUGAUGCCCAACAUCCGGCUGACCUCAAUAACAGCCUCCCGCUUAAACUAAGACACAAGUCACAUUUGGGUGAUAAGGAUGCUGCAUCAGCAUUGCUGGCCCUGCAGCAUAUUAAGCAAGAACCAAACAGCCGUGCUUCACCUCCCUGGGACGGUGAAGGUUCCAGUGAUGAGCGUGAUUCGGGUAUAUCUAUUGGUGGUACGGAAUGGACGGCGCAGCUACAACACAAUAUUAUCGUACCAAUAGCUACGGCUGAAAAUCAAGAGGGGAACAUUUUGAAGUCUCAAAUAGCGAGACUCGAAUCAGAAGUUGCCAAUAUUAAAAAUAUGAUGAUUUUAAGCUCGACUGGACCAUGUGCUACUGCAACUGCGCAGUGAGUUCCUGACAUUAAAAUAAACAAAAACAAAAAAAAAUUAAAUCAAUUUUCUACACGUUUGGAUCUCAUUUUGGGAAUAUUAUAUAGUGUGUGUGUGUGUGUGUUUGUAAUGUUAAAAAGGGAAAGCUUAUAAAAAGUCUUAAAAUAAAUGUCCUAAUUAAUUAUUCUGACAGUUUUAAGCUCACAACUACUGUAAACUAUAUGUAUAUCGCAUUGUUUUUUUUUUUUUUGUAAUUAUAUAUCUGAAAUGGAACUAAUCAAGGGUUAGGUUUUACAUAAAUUUUGUUUAAACUGUUCUUUGAUAUUCAGGCGCGAUAUUCUAUUUUUUUUUACAAAUAAAAGGUUUACUAAACAAGAGCAAAAGACAACAAAUAUAAAAAUUCUGCGAAAUGCAAUAUUCAUCUCAACAGAAAAAGAGAGUUAGUGUACACGCGAUUGAAGUUAUACUUUUCACUAACAGAAAUCCAUUCAGUAGGUUCACACCAUAACAAAUAAUUGCAAUUAUGAGAACCAGAUGGCGCUACUAGUUAAUCCCUUUGACAUUCUUGUCAAAAAGUUAAUUUUCACUCUGUACAAACGCCGGAAAAGAAGUGUAACUUCAAAAAGUUGAUAAAACCGUUGCUUCUAGAAAGCCUAUUAGAAACUACAUAACUAUUAUGUAAAGCUUUAUAGAAGCAAAACUUUUAUUUUUUAUCGAUUUACUCUCAAACAUAAAAAAAAAUCGUGUCGAUAUGAUAUGACGGCUGAUUUAAUAUUAAAACAGUAGUUUCUAUCAAGUUUUUCACUUCCUUUGUAAUUGUUUGUCAUUACUUGUGAUUACAAAAAUCAACCUAAGGAUUAUUCCUAUUAAUAAUAUAUACACAUAAUAUACAACACCUACUUCAAGAAUACAAAAAAAAACACAUUCUUUGAAUUCUUUAUUUGUUUAGAUUAUAGAUCAUAUAUAAAAAAGCAUUGACACAACAGAAAUAAACAUACUAAAAACAUAGAAAAAAAAACAGUAAUUAUCGUACCUGCAAAAAAAUAAACUACAUAUAUACCGGAUCAUUUAUAAAAUAAAACAAAGCAAAUCAAAUUUUAUUUAUGUAUAACUAUACUAUAGCGUUUUCUCAAAAUAAAAAUAUUUUUAUAAAAAAAAAAAACAAAAACAAAAACUUCAUUCAAAUUUUAAGGACUUUAAGCCAAUCAAAUUAUGAAUAAGGAAUUUGUACUUUUACACCUAAAUAAAGAAAAAAUAAGGUCUAUUACAUAUUAUGUAUAUAAAUAUCUAUUUUAUAUUUUUUAAAAGUAUUUCGCGGUAGA